UUUUGUUGUCUGAUUUGAAGUAAAGGCCCAAGAAGAGUACGUGGAGAAGAAUAUCCACACAUUCUCGCGGUGGCCAUUAUUGUUCAGAAACAGUAGAGAGCGUAGCAGCCAAAUCUGAGUUCGUGUUGUGAGCGGCGCCACUUCUGUUCAUCUCGCACUACAAAUACUCAUAAUGUUCACAACCAUGAAUCUUCCUCUGCACGCUUCGCUUCCGCUCAGCUCCCGGAGUUGGUGCUGCUACGCCUCGCUUUCGGUGCCUCAGCCUCAGGCCGAGCCCCAACUCCUCAACGGAAACCCUCCCGCCCGACCCCUCGACAGGAAAGAGAUCCGUCUCGGUUUGCCCAGCAAAGGUCGUAUGUCCGCCGACACCCUCGAACUUCUCAAGAAUUGUCAAUUGUCAGUGAAGCAGGUCAAUCCCAGACAGUAUGUUGCUGAAAUUCCUCAGCUGUCCAACCUGGAAGUUUGGUUUCAGAGGCCUAAAGACAUUGUGAGAAAAUUGUUAUCCGGAGAUCUUGACCUUGGUAUUGUGGGACUCGAUACCGUCAGUGAACAUGGCCAGUGUAAUGAAGAUCUUAUCAUUGUCCAUGAGGCUCUGGAGUACGGUGAUUGUCGUCUAUCCCUUGCGAUUCCCCAAUAUGGAAUAUUUGAAAAUGUAAAUUCAGUGGAGGAGCUUGCCAAAAUGCCUCAAUGGACUGAAGAUAAGCCUCUGAGAGUUGCUACUGGAUUCAGCUAUCUGGGGCCAAAAUUUAUGAAAGAGAGUGGACUUAAGCAUGUGACAUUUUCAACUGCUGAUGGGGCACUGGAGGCAGCUCCUGCGAUGGGGAUAGCUGAUGCUAUCUUGGACCUUGUAAGUAGUGGGACCACACUGAGGGAAAACAACUUGAAGGAAAUCAAAGGUGGAGUUGUUUUGGAGAGCCAGGCUGUUCUUAUUGCAAGCAGGAAAUCAAUGAUCCAACGUAAAGGAGUACUUGAAACAACACAUGAGAUGCUCGAGCGAUUGGAAGCACAUCUGAGGGCGAUUGGGCAGUUCACGGUUACUGCAAACAUGAGGGGAAGCAGUGCAGAGGAAGUGGCUGAGAGAAUACUCAGUCAACCAUCAUUAGCUGGUCUGCAGGGUCCCACUGUAAGUCCUGUUUUCUGUAAGCGUGACGGGAAGGUAACUUCGGACUAUUAUGCCAUUGUCAUAUGCGUGCCUAAGAAGGCAUUGUACAAGUCUAUACAACAACUGAGAGCGAUUGGAGGCAGUGGAGUUCUUAUAUCACCCUUGACCUAUAUUUUCGAUGAAGAAACUCCAAGAUGGCGUCAGCUCCUAUCUAAACUUGGGCUGUAGCCAUUUAUGAUCAAUUCAUGGAGACAUUAGUGGACGUUUCGUUUUUCCAAUUCUGCCAAAGCAGAACAUUAAAUCUAUGGUGAAGGCUGCAAAAGACGAGUAGUAUACCGGAAUGGAGGACUUAGAUAACUUAAAAUCAGUUUUAGCUUGUUAUUUAUAGUGCCACAUUGCUCUAUAGAUUAAAAUUUUUGUAGCAAGCCUGCAUCGUCUAUCUUUCUUUCGUUCUCUUCAUAACAUUGGUAAUGGCUAGAAUAGUGACUCUGUCUUCUUGUUGGUGGCGGGGGAUAUGUUUUAAGUUUAACUGCUCUGGGAUUUUGCUUCAGUGUUGUAAUUUUAAUGCUUUAAGUGGUUUUUAUUUGUGACCUUAAUCACUGGCCAACUAUGGAACGAGGUUAUGAUAUUAGAAGCUGGCGCCACCGCCCAGCGAAGAAUUAUGUCUUAAUGAAUGAUUUUUUUAGCUGC